UCGAUAGCGCAGGCGAGGUUGCCAUAUCAUUAUCGUCUAUAAAAAAAGAUAUAUUAUACCUAUAUGUAAUAAUAUUUAACUAGACUGAGAGUGGAAAUAGACCGGCACAGUUAUGUGGAUCGAAACUUAUCUCUAUAAAAAAGAAAUUAGAUUGUGAUAGGAGACAUAACAAAACUGGUUGCUCAGUUAUUACAUUAUAUUCAUUGGGUUGCAUAGAUCGUAUUCAAACUUGUUUCUAUUUGAAGUGACAUGAAUAUCUGAAUAUAUAAUAGUCUGAUUUUGAUCUCAGAGUAUAACCUAAAAAUUAGUUAACGCAAAUACUUUUCGAAAAUCUUAAAUUGAUUCUUCUUUAAAUAUUUUAAUUAAGUUUUUACAAUGUUACGGGUUAUACGGAAUAUAUGUAUUCAGAGAAAAAUUUUUUUAACUACAUACGUACAAACAAAGAAUUUUUUAACUAAUGAAUAUAAAUGUCUCGACGCUUGGAAUAAACAAAUCUCUUCGUCUUUAUUAAACAGGAUAAAUCUUACAGAUUUUUAUAACACACUAGAUCAACAUGUUUCUUCCAAAGGCAUUAUUAGCGCAUUAGAUGUUGAUAUUUUUGCUAAUGCUAUAAAGGAUCCUAAUUAUUUAGAAGAACUGAAGGAUCUCUUGCUCAAGCUAAGACUUUCUUCAGAGACUGGUAAUAUGUUAGAGUCCACACAUCAUGCUACUAUUAGGAAUUUUAUUCAAUAUGAACGCAUUCAAGAGCUAAUUGAAAUUUUGAAGGAUCCCCUUAAUUUUGGACUAUUUCUUGAUGAUUUUACAGCAAAUAUUCUACUAGACAAACUUAUAACUUCAUCUAACUAUGAACAAGCUGCCAACGUAGCUGCACUAGUAAUGUUGCAAGAGGAAUACAAUAAUGAUAUAACUUGUGCAUUGUGUCAGUAUGCUUGUUAUAAAUAUAUAAUAGAUUACAUUAAACCUGAAAUUAUUGAACCAGUUGUUGAAAAACCGAAAAAAGUGGAAGAGAUAAAAAUUAGAGUUAAAUAUUUAAGAAAUCCCUAUUUUGAUGACCAUUUUGACUUAAAAGAUCUUUAUACAUUAUCUGGUAAAACCUUGGCGUGGAUAUCAGAAAAAACAGUUACCAAUUUAAAUAAAAAUUUGCAACUAAUUGGAUGGUUGACAUAUAAAAAGUAUAAUAAAUUAGAGACACUCUGCAACAAUAUUGUUCAAGAUAAUUCUUCAAAAAUAUAUCCUGAAGUUAUAGAGUUAUUGAAGAGAGAAAGCAACAAUGUAGAAGAACAAUCUAAACUUAUAUUAGAAAAUUGUAUUUUGGCAUUAAAAAAUGUCAAGCUUUCAGAGGCGUCUUUAGAAGAGUCUUUAAAGACACACAUAGAAAAUGCUAUUAAUAAAGUUCAAAAUAAAGACAUAGCAAACCAACAAAAGUUAUUCAAAUUAUGGGAAGAGGUAAGGCAAGAAAAACUAGAAGAUCAAACGAAACGUUUAGACAGAGCGAAGCGUUUGCAAUUAAUCCAGGAAAAGGAAGUUAAAAUGAAGGAGGAAGAGCAAAAAUUAUGGUUUUUUGAAAAUCAAGAUAGUAUUGAUUUAGAAAUUGAAGAAAAAGAAAAUCUUACAGAGGCAAGCUCUACAAAGAAUGAAACAUCAAAAAGUAGUGACAAUAAUUAUAUUCCACCAGAAAUUUUGCCUAAACGAAAAUAACAAAACUUAAAAUUUAUUUAAUUAAUAAAAUUAUUAUUGCAAUUA